AUACACUGAGCAGCACAGACUAGAGAGGUGCAGUUAUCUUUCUGCAUGUACCAAUACCAAAAAGCUAAACGUGUUUCAUUGUAGUUUUUCCAGAAUAUUUUACUUGUUGGAGCUUUAGCUUUUCAUAUUGAGCAAUGAAAACGCAUUAUUUUUUGCAAUAUGGAGCAACAGCUAUCAAAGUAGCCACAACAACGUGAGCCACAAUGCAGCGUUUGCAAGUUAGAUGUCUGUGAUUUAACGUUAUAUCAUAUAUUUGGCUAUUGUAAGGAUGUCAGACUCGUGCACAGAUCCUGCUGGAGCCAUAAAGGCAAUAGACAAACAGUCCGUCCAUCAGAUCUGCUCAGGACAAGUGGUGCUGAGUCUGGCCACGGCUGUGAAAGAGCUGGUGGAAAACAGCAUUGAUGCUGGAGCUACUAAUGUUGAUGUCAAGCUAAAAGACAACGGCAUUGAGCUGGUGGAGGUGUCUGACAAUGGAAAAGGUGUUGAGGAACAAAACUACAAGGGACUAACUUUAAAACAUCACACCUCUAAACUGAAAGAAUUUUCUGACCUGAUACACGUGGAGACGUUCGGGUUUCGUGGUGAAGCUCUUAGUUCACUUUGUGCUCUCAGUGAUCUUAGUGUUGUGACCUGUCAUGAGAGUGCUCAGAUCGGAGCUCGGCUGGUGUAUGACCACGAUGGUCGUCUCACUCAGUGUGUGCCACAUCCACGCCAACAUGGCACUACCGUCACUCUUCAGAAGCUUUUUUCUACGUUACCUGUUCGACACAAGGAGUUCCAGCGCAACAUCAAAAAGGAAUAUUCCAAGAUGAUCUUCGUCUUGCAGUCCUACUGUAUCAUCUCCACUGGUGUGAGGAUUACAUGCAGCAACCAGAUUGGACAAGGAAAGCGCAGCACAGUACUGUGCACCAGUGGCAGUAAUAGCAUAAGAGACAACAUUGGAGCUGUGUUUGGACCUAAACAGCUUCAAAGUCUGAUUCCCUUCCGUCAAAUAUCUCCCAAUGAUUCAGUUAAGGACGACUAUGGCCUUGGUGGUGUAGAUGUUCCAAAAGACCUUUUUAACAUUGAUGGGUUUGUGUCACAAGGAGAUCAUGGUGUUGGUCGAAGUGCUACUGACAGACAAUUCUUCUUCAUCAAUAAAAGACCCUGUGAUCCAGUAAAGGUCUCCAAGCUUGUGAAUGAGGUUUAUCACAUGUACAAUCGGCAUCAAUACCCUUUUGUUGCCCUAAACAUCGCUGUUGCUUCAGACUGUGUCGAUGUGAAUGUGACCCCAGACAAACGUCAGAUUCUUCUACAAGAGGAAAAGCUUUUGCUGGCAAUUCUGAAAAGCUCUCUCAUUGCUAUGUUUGAGACUGGUGUCAAUAAAAUCAGUCUCAAUCACAUUUCUUCUGCAUUUACCAGUAUGAGUAGACCAACUGGGACAAGUGCUUGUUCAGACGAUCAAGAAACCGGCUCUGUCUCUGAAACCCUUCCUGAUGAUGUUCCCCCCAAAACAUCCAUCAAUCUAGCCGGACUGAAAGAAGCAUUUUCAAACCAUCAGGCUCCUGCAAUUGGGUCAAAGCAAUCUAGUCACAAAUCUGCUUGUGCUGGUCCUUCUCAAAAGAAGAUGCUUUCCUUUGUGAGCUGCUCUAAAAAAGUGACAGAUUUUAUAAUGCCACCUUUAAUAUCGUCUACUAGUUUCACUGAUGUUUCAUCCAUAAAACAAUCUACUGUUUGUCCAGCUAAAUAUAAAAGCACUUUUGAUAUUGAUGCUGAUGAUUCUGGAGCUGCAAACGCAAAAUCAGCUGAAGACGAUCCAGAGGUUAAACAGGAAAACAAUUCAGAGUCCGUUUCACACCAUGUUAUUAAUAAAACCCACGUUAAAGCUGAGAUUGUUGAUGAACCUAUGGAUGAGAAUUUCUGGAGUUAUAAAACUUUGCCAGAGACAAAGUCAGAACAACACCAGAACAGAUUUUUCAGUCCUGAAGCAAAAAGAGCAAGAUGGGAAGAUGAACCUCCAGCACAGAACUCUUUCUUGGACUUUAAAAACAGGAAUACCUCUCUGAAAUUUGAUGCACCAGUCAACAUCCAGAAGAAAACAGUGGUUUUGCCGUUUUCUCAGCAGGAACUUUCUAAAAGAAUGCAGAGGCUACAGGCUCAGAGGACAGAGAGCAAUGAACAAGAGCCGAAAUACAGAAGGUUCAGGGCGAAGAUUAACCCUGGAGAAAACCACACUGCUGAGGAUGAGCUUAAGAAAGAAAUAAGCAAAGAUAUGUUUAAGGAAAUGGAAAUCAUUGGUCAAUUCAACCUAGGUUUUAUUAUCACCAAGAUAAAGUCUGACCUUUUUAUUAUCGACCAGCAUGCCACAGACGAAAAGUACAAUUUUGAAAUGCUACAGCAGAACACAGUCUUAAAGGGACAGCGGCUCAUAGUUCCACAAAGUCUCCAUCUCCCAGCAAUCAGUGAAACGGUGCUCAUGGAAAACCUUGAAAUCUUCAGAAGGAAUGGUUUCGACUUUCUCAUUGAUGAGGAUGCUCAGGUUAUGGACAGAGUAAAGCUGGUGUCUUUACCUACAAGUAAGAAUUGGACCUUUGGCCCAAAUGACAUUGAAGAACUCAUCUUCAUGCUUAGCGACAGUCCUGGAAUCAUGUGUCGACCUUCUCGAGUUAGACAGAUGUUUGCAUCCAGGGCAUGUCGCAAAUCGGUGAUGGUUGGCACUGCCCUCAACACCAGUGAAAUGAAGAAACUUGUGCUUCACAUGGGAGAAAUCGAACAGCCCUGGAAUUGUCCUCAUGGAAGACCCACCAUGAGGCACCUUGCUAAUCUGGAUAUGAUUUCACAGGACUGAAACCUUUUUUUUUUUCGAUGUGUGUAAAUAUAUUUAGAGUCACUACAGCACUAUUGUAUUAUUUCAAGAUUUUAUUCUUUUUUUACUUUGUUUUAUAAUAAAGUAACCUUUUCCAA